GAGAGUGUGCCGCCUCGAUAUGUCAAAGAUAAGGGCGCACCAAUUAGACGGCACGAGACCUGGCAUAUGAAGAACCAGGUACACAAUAUAUCAGCUUAUACAUGGUUAAACAGUUGCUACAUUAAUUUCGGUGCCACUAUUCUCUCCUCAAGCGGCCCUUUAGAUUCAACUUCCCCAAAGACAUGGUCGCUGUGUGUCAGUGUCAGCCAGACGACAAUCUACCAAUAUGGCGACAGUUAUUCAAUAGUAGCCUUUUACCGCUAUGGUAGCUAUAUCCACGCCGUUUGUACUCUAGUAAGCUUCGGCGUGUUAUCGUGGUUGUAUCUCUGCGUCUCACUCGCUUACAUUCUCGCUUACUGACUUACUUACGCUCAUAUCAUUACCUCAACCAGUACUUCACUCAACGAUAAUAAUUGCACUUAUUUCUGCCUCAAAUCCUCCUACCUCCCAACCAAGCCAUCUUCUUAUCACAAAUCUGCAAAAUGAGCUAUAAAAUUUCCCAUUUGUCCGUUUCUGCACUACGACGUCACUGUGCCCGCCUGUCAACCCACUGUGGAACCGCCACUAACAGAAAAAAAUAAAACGUUUUACAGUACUUGCAUCCUCCACCAAACCCGCACCAAAGCACAAGUACCUGCUAUCACGUCAGCCCAGCCCAGCGUGCAUUAACACCCCUCCUCCCCCGCCAAAAGACCGGGCCGACGCCAUCACGAAAACUGCCAAUGACGCAUCGCUAUCUGCCAACCUGCACGCAGCCUUGACAUGUGCACCACGGCAAUUCGCCAAUUUUAAAGAGAUUUUCCAUUCUUCUCUUUUAACAACAAUCAAGUUCCUUCCUCUCCACCCUCUCUCUUUCUCUUUGACUCAAUCCCUACCAACAUCACCACCAUGUCUCUCACAAACGCAACCCCCGAAGCCGCAGCCCGCGAAGCAAAAUCAGCGUCCUUUGCCCUCGCCUCUCUUCCCGACUCUGCCCGCAACGACGCCCUCCAAUCCAUCCACGACGCUCUCGCCGCCGCAAAAGACACCAUCCUCGCCGCCAAUGCUCGCGAUCUCGAGCUCGCGCGCAAAGCCGCUGCCGACGGCUCACUGAGUGAAGCCCUCGUGAGCAGACUCGAUCUCGGCAAAAAGGGCAAAUGGGAAGACAUGCUCAAGGGCAUCCUUGAUGUCCGCAGCCUCGAAGACCCAGUCGGCAAGAUCCAGAUGCGCACCAAGCUCGACGACAACCUCAUCAUGGAGCGCGUCUCAUGCCCCAUCGGCGUGCUCCUCAUCAUCUUCGAAGCCCGCCCCGAAGUCAUUGCCAACAUUGCCAGCUUAGCCAUCAAGUCCGGCAACGCCGCAAUCCUCAAGGGCGGCAAAGAAUCCACCGAGUCCUUUGUCGCCAUCUCGAGCGUCAUCUCGGCCGCCCUGCAAAACACACAGGUCCCCAACGGCGCCAUCCAGCUCGUCACCACCCGCGACGCCAUUGCCAGUCUGCUCGCCCAGGACCGCUACAUCGACCUCGUCAUCCCCCGCGGCUCCAACGAGCUCGUCCGCUACAUCAAGGAGUCCACCAAGAUCCCCGUCCUCGGCCACGCUGACGGCAUCUGCUCCAUCUACCUCACUGCUUCGGCCGACACCGAAAAGGCUGUCGGCCUCGUCGUCGACUCCAAGACGAGCUACCCCGCCGCAUGUAACAGUGCCGAGACGCUGCUUGUCCAGGAGGCCGCGCUGCAGACGGUCUUCCCUGCUGUUGCGGCGGGUCUUUCGGCCAAGGGCGUCGCGUUGCGCUGCGACGCUGCGACAAAGGCGGCUCUUGCGUCCCUCAACUUGCCUAACAUUACAGAUGCUGUCCCCGAGGAUUAUGACACGGAGCAUCUCUCGCUGACUAUGUCUGUCAAGGCGGUUCCUAACGUCGAUGCUGCCGUGGCACAUAUCAACACCCACGGCUCGCACCACACAGACUGCAUCUUGACCUCGGACAAGGACGAGGCUGAGCGCUUCAUGAACCAGGUCGACACCGCGGGUGCGUACUGGAACGCUUCGACUCGUCUGGCGGACGGCAUGCGCUACGGCUUCGGCACCGAGGUCGGCAUCAGCACCAACAAGAUUCACUCGCGUGGCCCUGUUGGCCUCGAGGGCCUGACAAUCUACAAAUACAAGAUUCGCGGCGAUUAUCAGCCUACUGCGCAGUACGGCUCUGGCGAGGGCCAAAAGCCCUGGAAGCAUGAGCCCAUGGGCAUCUAAACAAACAAAAAAGAGGACUAGCGAUGACGAUUAUUACGCAUUUGUUGCUUAUUGAAUUGGGCUUGUUUUUUUGGCAUCCACACGGUAUUCAUGAUAUCCCACGAGGUAUACGGUACAUAGAAUCAGACUCGUUAAAAUAAAAUGUAAAGCUCGUACAAUGUCAUGGUUUUCGGCUUUCCACGUGCCAAUUACAUGCAGCAGCCACCUGUCCCAACAUCAAUACAUCUCAUUAAACAUAUGGCACAAGAGUAUGCCCUUGUUGACAAAAACAACUUUUUUUCUCACUCCCCGUUGCCCACCCCGCUUCGUUUCUACAAAAUUUGCUUAUUUUAGUCGUAUUGCUUAAUGAGAUCUAGCAGUCUCUUGCUCUCGCUGGUGUAGUCCACAGGUGUGGCGCUAAACACUUGGUAACGCAUCCUAGUGAUACUUUGUUAGUAAUGCUGUAUAUGGUUCAUGAUAUAAAUGUGAACGUACUUUUGAGCGCCACCAUAGGUGUCCAUCUUUGCGCGGCAGCGGAACUUGAGAGUCUGGCAGUUGACAGACUCAAAAAUGCUCUUGAAGCGGGCGUCGUCUGUCUGCUGGAUCUCGGUGAGCUCCGUGGCCGACAUGCCCAUAAUAGUGCGGCCAGUCUCGUCAAAGCAGCUGAGCCACUGGUGAUUUGUGUGGUCGGCAACAUUGAUCGACAUGAUGUAGCGGUACUCGGCACGGUCGUGUGUCGAGUCGCAGCUCUCACAGCGCCAUGUGCCAUCGCCCAUGGAAACCACCUUCUUGUUUUUGCAUUCCUCGCGGGGGCAAGCGGGAUAGGCAAAGUUUUCAUUGCGAAUAAAGACAAUCGUGGCCUUGAUCGAGUAGUACUGCUGGUCGUCAACACCAAUGUUCUCUUCCUUGACCUGGGCAAUGGUCUUGAGCUCGUCCUUGCGGCCACCGGCAGUUCCCAUGCCAGACGUGUUCUGGUGAGUGGCAAACGAGUCCGUGCGGCCAGUUGAGUCGUACCAGCCCUUGAGGCGGUGGGCGUCACUAAUAUCAGGGUCGACAGACAUGGUGCCGGAUGAAAGCAGGCUUAGACUUUUGCCGUUGAAGUCGGACACCUUGGUGCCCUUGAAAGCCAGGACAGACUCGGUGGGAGCCUCAAAGGAGCUGGCCAUGGCACCCCAGACUGUUACGCGUACAGAGUAUCCCGUGUCGUCGACAAUAGUCAAAUCACGCUUGGAGAAGGGCUGGCCAGUCUUCUUGGACGUGAUCUGGGACUCCUCGCCAACCUCCUUCAGGACACCGAUAAUGUCGACAGUGUUGUCCUUUUCCACGUUUUGCAAAUCUUGAAUGUUGCAGAAAUUGAAACGCAUCUGGGGGACGCUCGACUGGUCCUCAGCCUUGACAAUCGAGGUACCAUUCUCAAAGGUCAUCUCAUAGUCGUGGGAAAGGUUGGAGAACUGCUUCUUGGCUAUUUGCACUCUGCAUGGCGCGGAGAUGUAGUAGACAGAGCCUUCCUGCAGCAUAUCGAAGAACAUGUCGCAUUGGUCGUUGAAGCCAGUGGCCUUGAUCUCGCCACUCUCGUCCAAAAGGUUCACACUGAAGAGCUUGCCCUCGCCAGACGCCUUGUGCCAGCGCUUAAUGUCGGACUUGGAGGUAACACGGGCCUUGAUGGUCCACUUGUGAGAGUAAGGAGAGAGGCCCUCAAUAGGGUGAAUGUUGCCCAUGGCCGCGUUGUUGCUAGGGGCUGGGCGUGAGGGCAUCGACUGUGGCGCGGCGCUGGUCUCCUUCUUGGCUCCGUAGAAGUCGUUGCCAGAGAUUGUAGUCGCUUCGGGGGCGAUUUUGUUGAGGGGGCUAGGGUCGCCAAUCUUCUCGACUUCGCCGAAUUGUGUGAUGACAUCGAGCGUCAGGAUGAGGAUAAUGCUGUGUGGCAGGUUAGUAGGGCGGACUACAAAAUCCAGGCAGGCGGCAAUGUCACACUAACUGCUUGUUGUUGGUGGUGUUGGUGGUGUAUCCGUGGAUGCGAACAAGACUGCCGCGCUUGAGAAUAUCAUCACGCACAGCAGCAUUGGCUGCGGCAGCGAGGACGGCCUGGACGUAGUUGUCACCAUCGCUCAUGACAAGGCGGUAUCUUUCGCCACCCUGGGCAGCGGACUGGGCCAUGGGCUUGAUUUGCAGACAUUGCAUAACAGGGACGGGGUAAAGAGCCUCUGCCUUGUCCUUGUCGGUGAAGAUGGCG